AUGACUUUGCUCGUGUGUGUUUUGCAGGCACGGCGGGUCCCCAUGUGGCAAAGGACAGUGCGGAGCAAGGCAGCCGAGUGCAAGAACAUUACCAACGCUUCAGACAGGGAUGUUGCGGCCGUAAAGAGUUAUUAUCGCCAUUUAUCCGAAAACGCUAAGUGCUUGUUGAAGUGUGUGUACGAACAACUAGGUAUCAUUCGUGACAAUCACUUCAUUGAUCAAAAGGAGGGACUUCAAUUAUUUCAUCAGUACUUUGCCCAUGAUAAAAUGACACUAAAACUUGGAAUGUUAGUGGUGGGCAAAUGUUUAGCGCGAGUUACUAGCUUUCCCAAGUCAAAACCUCAAUUUUUAGCUCAAGGAUAUGGAGAUCGUUAA